AUGGACUCUGUAAUUUCUGGCCUUGCAGUAGAGUCACUGAACCAUGGCUGCACUGAUUUGCCCAUUGAUCCCCACUUUGAAACCACUCAACGAUUCGACUUUAAAUAUAUUGAAAAGACAGUCUACAACCUCGCUGAGUCAGAUGAUUGUCUCGGUCGUAAUGUCAAGGAGGCCAUCAAGGUAAUUGAAAAAGCAUACCAAGACUACGGAUUUGAAUCAAUAGCCCUUUCAUUCAAUGGAGGCAAAGAUUGUACUGUGUUGCUGCAUUUAGUUGCAGCAGUAAUGAGUCGUCUUGGGUACCAAGAUGAGUUGAUACGAACUGUAUUUGUCACCUAUCCAAACCCGUUCCCCCAUGUGGACGCCUUUGUUAAAGUGUGUAUCCGUCGUUAUAAUUUACAGUGUGUCUAUCUUCCUGGCCCAAUGAAACAAGCAUUGCAACAGUACUUGGAUAUGUCGGAACCGAAACCAAAAGCCAUAUUUGUUGGUAUUCGAAGAACAGAUCCGUACGCUGAUAAACUUUCACAUUUUGAUAAGACCGAUGAAGGUUGGCCAGAAUUUAUGCGUGUACAACCUGUUAUUGAUUGGAAUUAUAAGAACAUUUGGGAUUUCUUAAUCAAGCUGGGUAUACCUUAUUGCUCAUUAUACGAUGGAGGUUACACAUCAUUGGGUAGUAUGGAAAAUACAUUUCCCAAUCCAUAUCUUUUAGAUAAAACGAUACCAUGUGGAUAUAAACAUGCAUGUAAACUAGAAAAUGAGCUACAUGAGCGCGAUGGAAGAGUGGGCUCUUCAAAAAAGUAG